AUGAAGCGACCACACUGUUUGUGUAUCUUCAUGGGUGUCUACAUUCUUAUACAAAUUCCUCCUCUUGCCGAUGGUAUUAGAUGGCUAUCUCUAGCACGGAUGAACAGCGUAGCAGCGAUACAAGUACCAGAAAUGUGUGAUUCCUUACUAGGAUUAGUUAAAAGACAGAAGAAAAUAUGUAGGAAAAAUUUAGAAGUGAUGGACAGCGUGAAACACGGUGCUCAUUCAGCCAUAGACGAAUGUCAAUUUCAGUUCCGCAAUCGACGAUGGAACUGUAGUACGGUUAAUGCGAAAAAAGUAUUUGGAAAUGUUCUUAAAUUAGGCACCAGAGAAGCGUCCUUCGUUCAUGCCAUUUCGGCGGCAGGUGUUGCGCACGCAGUAACACGCGCGUGCAGUAGUGGCGCCCUAACAAGGUGUGGUUGUGAUCGAUCAGUGACGGGACGAAGUCCCAAGGGAUUCGAGUGGUCUGGUUGUUCAGAUAAUAUAGCAUACGGUACAGCAUUUUCAAAAGAAUUUGUGGAUGCACGUGAGAGACGAAGAAAUAUAAAAAAUUCCGGAAGGAAGCUGAUGAAUUUACAUAACAACGAAGCAGGCAGAAAGGCUGUGGAAGACAACAUGAUGAAACAAUGCAAAUGCCAUGGUGUUUCCGGAUCCUGUGAGCUGAAAACAUGCUGGCGAGCAAUGCCAACAUUCAGAGAAAUAGGACAAAUUGUGAAGGAAAAAUUUGAUGGAGCAACCGAGGUGAAAUUAGACAGAAAUAAGUUACGGCCUCGCCUUAUACCAGUCAACCCACAAUUCAAACCUCACACUAACUCAGAUCUGGUAUAUCUGAUCGCCUCCCCGGACUUUUGUGAGCCUGACCCAAAGACUGGGUCCCUCGGCACAACGGGGAGGGUAUGCAACAAAACAUCAAAAGCCAUUGAUGGCUGUGACUUAAUGUGCUGUGGUAGAGGGUACGAGACCCGUAGAAGAAAAAUUAUAGACAGGUGUUCAUGUAAAUUUCAUUGGUGUUGCUACGUAACGUGUAAAAAAUGUGAACGAGAAAUUGACGAACAUACGUGUAAAUAAAGAGAAGUCAAAUAGUUCUAUAGACACGUGAAUCAAAGCCUUACAGGGCAAAAAUUCAAAGACGACAGCUUCCGGUUCAGCAUGCGCAUAGGAUGUGGAGUAAAAUACCAGGUUGUAUUACUACUUUUCCCGGA